AUGCUGCUCACCGUGUACUGUGUGCGGAGGGACCUCUCCGAGGUGACCUUUUCCCUCCAGGUCGACGCCGACUUCGAGCUGCACAACUUCCGCGCGCUGUGCGAGCUCGAGUCCGGCAUCCCCGCAGCCGAGAGCCAGGUUCUGUGUCAGGCAGUCUUACUAUGAAAGCUUUGAGGACGCAUGAGGAAACGCUGUAAAAUGGUAGUGGAGCAGGAGGACCUGGAAGGGACAGCUGUAGUGAUUCUCCAGUCCCAACUGCUUGCUUGACAAAUGGGGAAUGUGAAGCCUGGACCAGCUGAGUGACACGGCCACCGUCAGAGCCAGGACAGGACUCAGGCUCCUCAGUUUGCAUGUGGCCUGGUGCAAAGCAAAUCAUUAGGGAGAAAAACCUUUCAAAGCCUGAGUUUAUUCUGAAUGCCCCUCUGGAGUAUGUGAUAGCUCAGGAUUGUCUAUGCUGAAAGACCACUCACAGACAACCACAGAUCGCUGGCUUCCUACGGCUUGAAAGAUGGGGACGUUGUGAUUUUACGGCAGAAGGAGAACGCCGACCCUCGACCUCCAGUGCAGUUCCCAAACUUACCCCGAAUAGACUUCCGUAGUAUAGCCGUGCCUGGCACGUCAGGCUCCCGGCAGCGCCAGCCACCAGGAGCACAGCAGUCCCACUCAUCUCCUGGAGACAUAGCUUCAUCUCCUCAGGGCUUGGACAAUCCAGCCUUGCUCCGAGACAUGUUGCUGGCCAACCCCCAUGAGCUGUCCUUGCUGAAGGAACGCAAUCCGCCCCUGGCAGAUGCUCUGCUCAGUGGAGACCUUGAGAAAUUUUCUAGGGUCCUGGUGGAGCAGCAGCAGGACCGAGCCCGGAGAGAGCAAGAAAGGAUUCGUCUCUUUGCUGCCGACCCUUUUGAUCUUGAAGCUCAGGCAAAAAUAGAAGAAGAUAUAAGGCAACAGAACAUUGAGGAAAACAUGACAAUAGCUAUGGAAGAGGCUCCUGAAAGUUUUGGUCAAGUGGUGAUGCUUUAUAUUAACUGCAAAGUGAAUGGACAUCCUGUGAAAGCCUUUGUUGACUCAGGUGCCCAGAUGACUAUUAUGAGCCAAGCUUGUGCAGAAAGGUGUAAUAUAAUGAGGCUGGUGGACCGUCGGUGGGCAGGGAUCGCCAAAGGAGUGGGCACCCAGAAGAUUAUUGGAAGGGUACAUCUAGCUCAGGUUCAGAUUGAAGGAGAUUUCCUGGCGUGUUCUUUCUCUAUACUUGAGGAACAGCCCAUGGACAUGCUUCUGGGACUGGACAUGCUGAAGCGGCAUCAGUGUUCCAUUGACCUCAAGAAAAAUGUACUCGUGAUCGGCACCACAGGCUCUCAGACCACCUUCCUUCCCGAGGGAGAGUUACCAGAGUGUGCCCGAUUGGCAUACGGGGCUGGGCGAGAGGAUGUGCGGCCAGAGGAGAUCGCAGACCAAGAAUUAGCAGAAGCUCUUCAGAAAUCCGUAGAGGAUGCAGAGAAAAGCGGUAAAGAAACUACCUCACUGGGAAUGUCAUCAUUACCAACUUCAGAUGGAUUUAACCAUCCAGCCCAUCCUUCAGGACAGAGUCCUGAGAUUGGUAAUCCUAUGAGUCUUGCUCACUCUGUCUCUGCUUCAGUCUGCCCUAUCAAGCCCAGUGACCCCGACAGCAUCGAACCUAAAGCUGUGAAGGCUUUGAAGGCUUCAGCUGAAUUCCAGAUAACCUCUGAAAAGAAAGAACAUCUUCCUCUGCAGGAUCUUUCUGAUAGUGCUUCUUCAGCAGACAGUGCUCCAGCAGACCAGAGUCCAGCCAUACCUUUGCAGAAUUCCUCUGAAGAAGCCAUUGUUGCCGAUAAUACGGAGAAAUCUGCUGAAAGAAGCACCCAGGGCCUCAGAUCUCAUCUCCACACAAGACAGCAAGCUAGUGUAUCUGUCACAACUACUAGGGUGCAAGAACCACCGGGGUUUCUAGGUGAGAAGGGUUGGCAUCCAGAAAAUCAGAACCUGCAUCAGGUGAAUGGCCUUCGGCAGCACAAAGAACCAGGGAAUGAACAGCACGGGGUUGGACAACAGAACGCUCUAAAUGACCGAGAACAUCUCUGUAACGCAGAGGACUUUGAACUUCUUGGAGAAAGGCAACAGAAUCAACAAAGAAGUGUUGAUUUGGAAUCGACGAUGAAAGAAGACCGGCUACGACAGAAUGCGGACCCUCCAGGUACAGAGGAAAGUACUCUACCUUCAGGAUGGUUUGGCUGCUCAAAGUCAGAAACAUUUAUGGAAGUAGAUACAGUUGAAGAGUCCCUAGUUGCUAUGCUUAAUUCGGCAGAUGGUCAGCAUGCCGGUGUCAAGAACAUCCGUGCAUCUGCUCUCACCUUAGAUAAUCCCUUGAUGGAAGUAGAAACACCAAGAGGUAACCCUCCGUCUGAAAUUUUGAGUAAUUCAGUUUGCACUCAGGAUUUACAGCUCCCAGACAGCAAUGUUGAAAUGUCUGGAACAAGUAAAGAAGAUGGGGAUUGCUCCCCCUCCUUAAGUCUUUGUGGCAGUUCUCAGCCCUCUGUGGAGUCAGCAGAGGAAUCAUGCUCAUCUCUAACAGCAGCCUUGAAGGAACUCCAUGAACUUCUGGUCAUUAGUAGUAAACCAGCUUCAGAAAAUAGAUCUGGGGAAGUUAUCUGUCAGUCCGAAAUGGUAACUGAGGGCCAAACAGUUACUAAGGACCUUUCUGAAAGAUGGACCCAAAGUGAGCAUCUUACAGCUGCCCAGAAUGAAGAGCAUUCACAAGUCACCUUUCAUCAGACCAUAUCUGUAUCGGUGAGGGCAGAGAAGUUACCAGACACUUCAAAUGGUGCUGGAGUAGAUGCAGUAGAAAGUAGUACCGUAAGGGAUCCGGGUGAUGGCCUAGUAACGGAUAAGGAAAGUGUCCCCAAGCCUAGGGAAUCUGGAAAGGAGAGCAGCUCUGCCACUCUAGCCUCAGCUAAAACGUCUAAUCAGUCACACUGCACCUUAGGUGUAGACAUUCCAUGCAAACCCUUAGCCGGUGAGGAGGAUGCAGUCAGUCACACUUCUGAGCAAGCGAAGUCCUUGUCCAAUUUCAUACUGGUUCAAGAUUUGGGUCCGGGCACACAGAAGCCAGUGCCAGACAGGCCUGAGACCAGAGAAGAUGUCUGUCCUGAAGCUGCAGGACCACUUCUUGAGUUUGAACCACCUCCCAGCCAGCCAGCAUCAAGUCCCUCCAUUCUUCCACCAUUAAUUUUUCCCGCCGCAGACAUUGACCGCAUUCUCCGUGCUGGCUUCACUUUGCAGGAAGCUCUUGGGGCUUUGCAUCGAGUUGGUGGAAAUGCAGACCUUGCACUUCUUGUUUUGCUAGCAAAGAACAUUGUAGUUCCUACAUAACCAUGGAAAAGGGGGCUAGACCAUACUCCAUUCCCUUUAAAAAAGCUAUACACGCACACACACACACACACACACAUACACACUCACCACAUAUACAGUGUAUGUAGAAACCUGCAAGCAGAAUGUUGAGCCAGAUUUUUUUUAAGGAUUUUUUUCGGCCAAAGUAACUUAUCUCUUGUCUGAUGAAUUUGUCUAUUCUCUUUGUUAAAAUUUGGGCCUUUUUAAAUGUAUUGGCAGUAAUGUGCAUACAAAAGCUUUUUAUUAUCAUUAAGAUGAUGUAUUCUGGAAUAAAAUUGAUGGUUUCGUGUAUAGCAUACCAUUUUAGAAUGAGAGUGAAUGCUUUAAAAAGCAGAAGCCAUGAGAAAUCCCACCGCCCAUGCAGCUAAAAGCAAAUCAGCUUCCCAUUUUGGCUUUGUCUGUACUGUAGGCAAGGUAUGGCUUGUUGGUCAGUUGUCCAUUUACAAACUGGAUCACAUGGUUUGGUGUUUGGAAUUACACUUAGUGCUCUGUGUAUUGAUGAUUCAUCAGUUAACAACAGGAAAUUGAAGAGUAGUUGACUAAUAUCUCCUAGAGUGGUAUGUUUUUAUUUGUUUGGUUAGGAUUUGACCUUUUUAUGGGAUGAGGUGGGAGGGUUUAGAACUUGGGCUGCUUUGUGCAUCAUAGGCUGCUGCAUGGAUUGCCAAGUAUUUGGGGUGGGACACUGCGGGGGAGGGGCGGGGGAGUCAACAUCAGAGUGAAACAUGGUGCUACCCAGAUAGAAAAGGGAAGAGUCUGUAAUUCCAUUUGCAAUUAUCCUGGUGAUAUUUCAAGAACUAGGAGUGAAAAAUGGCCGAAACACUGGAAUUGAUUAGAGAGUGGGUUUGCUAGCAUCUUACUGAUCACACCUCAACCUUUAGUGAUUAAUGAGGAACUUAAAGAUCUGCUAACGGGUUGAUCGCCAGCAGUUUAUUUCCUUUAGAAGCUCAUCUACAGCUCAGGUUGAGCUGUGAUCUGAGUGAAAUAACCUUGUCACUGGUUCAUCUUGGUGCUUGGAAUGGUCAGUCUCUUUGUUGAGUGUCCUUUGUGGCACCGGAAAUAGUAACUGCAGUUUCUGACUCAAGUGGCCUUGGGUAGAGAUUUCCAUCCCUUUCUUUCCUCAGGAGUUUCUUUUUUAAAGCAAGAUGCAUCAUAUUUGUGUUUACCAUGUCAAGGUAGAGUGGGGCAUAGUAUAUAGAAGUAUUUAUUGUGGCCUUUUUUUAUAUGAGGACUAGCCCUUGGAAACCAUUGUCCUGUGGGCCCCACUGUGCAAUAAUCCUACUGGAUAGAUUUUAGGUAGUUUUUCCUGAAGAAUAAACUCUUACGUACCUAGCAGGAAUCCGAAAUCUUGGUUUUAUUGAAAAGAAUCUUGAGAAUAACUCCCGAUUCCAAGUUCUGGUUCACAAUGUGUUUGAAAUAGAUGUUUUGAAAGGGUGAUUCGUGAACUUAGUGUUAAAUGAUUUUGUCUAAAGUCUUACUCUCUUUGGAAGCUUAUUCUUUCCAUCAGAAUUCGAGUCAUUGAGCACAAUCAAAAUGGAGGCUCAUAUCUCAGGAGUUUUUGAAAUUUUAAUUUGGGGGCACUUAGAGACGUUUCUCUUCUACCCUAUUCCAUCUUUUCCUUUUGCUGUGAUAUUUGUCUGUGUGUUAUGAGACUUUAGUGAUGUGAUGGAAAGUCACAUAGAUUCAUCAUGAUCCUCUGAAGUUAGGAGAUGGUUGACAGAAGGAGUUGUGGUUUACUGUUUUCAAGAGGGCAUUCAGAACAGCGGGUCAGCCAGGUUGUCUUUAAGAUACUCUUUUAGACAAUCACAUGUUGCAGACCCUUUUGCCUGCCCCACACCAAAGAUGUAAGAUGCACUAGGAAACUGCAUAUAGGAUUUCUGUCAACCGACUCUUAGAGCUGUGAUUGUAAUUAAGUAGUUGGUGCUAUGAUUGAAGCAAAAUCUAGUAGCAAUGCAAUGGCCCCUGUAUUUGCUUUAUGGGUGGUAACUGGGAAUUUAUUCUAAGCUUAUAAAUCUUUGAGGUCGCGAAGUGGGGUUGGUAUGAGGUGGGGGAAGUUACCGAUGACAACAGACUCCUCCAAAAAGGCCUCUGCGUGAAGAUGGGCCUCAUCGGCUCUGUCUGGGUGGUGGCGUACUGCUCAGAGGCUUGGCCGCUCAGUUUUCACAGCGCAGAGAUUUGGGAAUCAAUCCCAGGUGGAAUAUAGGGUAUCAGCCCGCAAAAGGUUUUAUUAUAAUAGCUUUUUACUACAUAUGUGUAUUUAUUUUUAGGAGGAAAUUGAAUAGGCCUAUAGUUGUACAUGUAUUCUUGUUAGUAGUACUUUGAAUGAAUGAGCUGAACCCACUUGCCAGAUAUCCUUGUCCUUUUUCAUCAUUUAUUUUUCAGUGUAUAAUUGCUUCGAUUUUUAAAACCUUAUUUCCUGUUCCAUCAUUUGUAUGAAAGUGAAGUUGUUGACAUUGUUAGGAUUUUGAAUCAUUUUUAAAUUUUGCAGUUCUUAAAACACAAAGGGAAUUAAGGAACAUGACACUAGUGAACCUUCAUUGUCAGUUUUUUUGAAAGUGCAGAAAUUUGGGGCGCCUGGCUGUCUCAGUCAGAAGAA